GCAUUCCCCUUGUCGCAAUGCAGGAUGGCGGGAGUUGCAUACUCAAGAGAAUAAACCACAAUGUGAGGCAUGCCGAUGUGUAAUGCUGACCUUUACAUAGCUUGCUCGCACACGACUAGACUUUGACAGUGCAAUGGUGGAAUCGCAUGAGGUCAAUCCCCCCGCUCAUGAGUAUUUCACUACCAGCGCACUGUCGGAUGCCCAAUGGGUAGUACAGGGUGAUUCUCCAGACUCCGAGGAACGCAAGGAGAACAGAGUGUGGAUGAAUAACAAGUAUUGCACUCCUUGUGGUCACUGGCAGCAAACAGGACGUCUGUGUGAACACGACAUCGCUGUUUGGUACCAUACUCAUCCUCAUCAUAGAACAGCAGAAAUGAUUUCAGAGUUUAUUUGGUACAUGUUUGCUAACUAAGACAUUCAUCGAGGCACGUGUUCAUAGUGUCUGUACACCGAGGCAUGUUCCUUUCUCAUGCGAGUUUAGUUUAAAGCCUACAGACCACUUCUCUCCUCCUCCUUCCAAAUCCCAAGCUGCAGGUUGUACAAGGCACAAGAAGCCUCGGAAUAUUAACUUUGUCUCUACGUAUUUCUAUCCGGAUCUGGAAUUGCUGCUUGAAUUGCGAUCUCUCCGCGAGGGAAAGAUGCUCCAAGUAUGAGAAGUCAUGGAAGGAAUAAACUUGUUGAUCUAUGAA